AAGAAGAAGAAAAAGAAGAAGAAGAAGAGGAGGAAGAAAAGGCGUAGGAGGAGGUGGAAGAUCAGAUGCGCGCCUCUUCGGGUGCUCUCCAGUAGGCUAAUUGAGGGGUGAAAGGAGAAGAAGAAGAGUAGGAAGAGGAGGUGGUGUUGGUGGAGGAGGAGGAAGAGGAGGAGGAAGAGGAGGAGAUCUGAAACCACAUAACGCACACCGGGAUUUAAAAAACCGAGAGGAUCGCGGGGGAGAACCGGAUUCGCCGCUUCUGCCGCUCCUGCCGCUUCUGCCGCUAAGGGCGAGGAAACAUGAAGACGCCGCACCGUGCUGCCGCGGCGGGAGCUUAUUAUUACCGGAGGUGAAACGGGAAAAAAUGAACGAGGACACGCGCCCAGACGAUGACAGCUACAUUGUGCGCGUCAAAGCGGUGGUGAUGACCCGAGACGAGUCGAGCGGCGGCUGGUUGGCACAAGAUGGCUGCCUGAGCCGAGUGGGCGUCUGCAGGCUGCUGGCCAGCGAGCUGCUGGGGCGAAACGCCUUCCUCAUCCACGGAGAACGCCUCAAAGACAAGCAGGUGAUUCUGCAGUGUUUCCUGAAGAAGGACCUGGUCUACACGAAGGCCACGCCCACGUUUCACCACUGGAGGGUGGACAACAGGAAGUGUGGGCUGACCUUCCAGAGCCCGUCGGACGCCCGAGCUUUCGACCGCGGGGUGAGGAGAGCGCUGGAGGACCUGACCGAAGGGUCGACCACGUCUUCAUCGACGUUGCAGAAUGAGGCGGAGCUCGGAGAUGACGACGUCUUUACGACGGCCACCGACAGCUCGUCCAACUCGUCCCAGAAGAGAGAGAGAGAGCCGGCCAUGCACUCGCUCGCCCCGCACAACUUCUGCGAGGCGCGUCGACACCAUUGCAUUCUGGGACAUUUCUACGAGCACCACAGGCCCUCGGAUCACUACUUCCUGGAUCAGGCGGUGCACAUGUUCCCUCGUCACGUCAGCUUCCACGUGGAGGAGGAAGAGAUCGUACGCAUCAACCCCCGCGAGAGAACGUGGCUCACCACCGGCUACGAGGAUUACCGCCACGCCAACUCCACGCGGGCUAAAAUCUCACAGCCAGAAAACCUCGACGCCUACGUACAUUUCGCCAAGAGCGAGGCGCCCAAACACGACUAUACCUACCCGUACCCGCUGAGCUGCAACGUGACGAGGGGAUGCACCGGCAAAUCUAACUGCAUGGAGUCGAUCGGGGGUCGAAGGGCGGUGGUGACGGUGCAGCCGAGAGCCCUGCAGCCCAAAGGCAAGCGGAGGAAGGAGGACGGAGAGCGUUCGCGGUGCGUUUACUGUCAGGACAUGUUUAACCACGAGGAUAAUGGACGAGGUCGCUGCCAGGAAGCACCGGACCCCAUCCAGACGUGCAUCCGGAGGGUCAGCUUCAUGUGGUGCGCCGACAGCCUGCUCUACCACUGCAUGUCGGACACGGAGGGGGAUUUCUCCGACCCGUGUUCGUGCGACACAAACGAUGAGAGAUUCUGUUUGCGAUGGACGGCGCUGGUGGGUUUGUCGCUGCUGGCGCCCUGCAUGUGCUGCUACGCCCCGCUCAGAGCGUGCUACCGCUGCGGGGUGGCGUGCCGGUGCUGCGGCGGGAAACACAAAGCUGUGGGUUGAGGCGUCUUUUAGUUAACUUUAGUCCAUUUGCCAGCUCAUAGAGUACUGUUUUGAACCUGGAAGUGUUGAGUACCCCAAGGUUUUAUGAUGGAAAUGUAUAGUAUGGGUCCGCAGCACAAAGAAACUGCCGGAUGCUAACUUGCAUUGGUCAACACAACGCUGUGGGUUGAGGGCGUCACUUUAGUUUAAUUGCCAGCUCAUAGAGAUCUAUUGUGAACCUUGAAAUGUUGAGUUCCCCAAAGUUCUAUGAUAGAAAUGUAUAGUAUGGGUCCGGCACAUAGAAACUGCCGGAUGCUAACUUGCAUAUGUUGGGCAAUUUGCAUAAAUUGCAUUAAUAAGGCUAAUCAGACAAUAGGUUGAGGAAUCUUUGAAUUAACUUUAGUACAUUUGCCAGCUCAUAGAGUCCUAUUGUAAUGCCCGAAUUGUUGAGUACCGCAAAGUUUUAUGUCAGAAAUGUAUAGUGUGGGUCCCCAGCACAUAGAAAUUGCCCGAUGCUAACUUGCAUAUGUUGGGCAAUUUGCAGAAGUUGCAUUAAUAAGGCUUGCACAAUUAGCAUAAGUUAAAAUGAAUAAGGCUAUUCAGACAAUAGGUUGAACAUGGCUUCGCAGAUUUGGACAAUUUUGGAGUGGUUUUCUGGGUUAUUGAGGAUGUUGAAUUAAUUUAUUUCUGACAUUUUCAGGAUCAUAAAUGGCCAUUUUAACCAGAAAGUGGCCGCAUUUGUAGGCUACUCGCUGUGGGCUGAUUUUGAUGAAUUUUGGGUUGAUUUGAAGAUUCAAGGGGACUGAAAACUGACUUUUCGAUCUUAAAAAUGUCAGUUAUUGCAACUUAUGACAAUUGUACAAAUUGCCCAACGUAUGCAAGUUAGGAUCUGGCCUUUUCUUUGAGCUGGGAACCAGUACUAAACGUUUCUAACAUAAAACUCUGGGGUACUUUACAUUUCCUGGUUCACACUGCUGGCAAACACACUACUACCCGAUCUGUACCGUAAACCAGAUUUGUUCUAAACAUUUGCUUAGAUUUACGGCGUUGUGGAAAAAUUACAGAGGUUUUUAAAAAACGUUACUGUCAACAACAACUUCCAAAACAUAAAAUACUGUACUAGUAAUCUACAGAGUAUUUGUAGUAUCUAAAUGUGGUCCAUGUUGUCAUACUAAAAUGUUCUUACAUGUAUAAAAACAGGAUCAUAUAAUUACCGUAAUAUAAUACUGUGAAAAUAUCCAUUCUGCAUAAAUAGUCAUUUUACUUUUGAUGCUUGGAGUACAUUUAGCUCAAAAUUGUUCUAACGAUUACUUUUACUUUUUGUACUUCAAUUACAAUUGAUGCAAAUACUUUGCACUUUUAAGUACACAUUUGAAAUCAGGACGUUAACAUGCAGAAGAGUAUGUUAGGAGCAUACUAUUUAUACUUUAAGGCUCAGAGUACUUCUUCCAACACUUUUCUUUGUUAAUGAAUGACUAAAUUAUUCUAGACAUUCUUUACCAAAACAAGACAUUAUUUAAAUAAGGACACAAUAAGUCUUCUAUUUUGUAACCAAUCAAACAAACGAUAACGUUAUUUUAUCUAAAAUCCCAGAAAACUGUUGUAAAUCGCUUUGACAUUAUUCAGUUAGCAUCAUGGGAAGUAGCGGCAUAUUCGCACAUGCGCAGAAAAAUCUUGUUUUCAGUACAGAUCGAGUAAUGAGAAGGCGUCGUAGGCUCAAGUAACACUGAAAAACUGACACCUUGACUUUAAUUAAAUAUAUCAUGUCAACAAAUUUAACAUAACUGUAUUAGGUUAGUUGAA